AUGCAAUCAUGUCGCAUUGCUGCAACGACAUCCCUCAAUUUUCGUCCCUUCUCGACCGUGCCUGCCCUGGACAAUAGUCGUAGCACCAUCUUGGCACUCUUGCACAAGACUACCGAGCUCUUACCCCGAGUUCUACCGUCGUGGACUUCGGAAAGCACAUCGUUUGAACAAUCGUUGAGUGUAUGGAAUGGCGUUUUAUCUGACUCCUACAACAAUCUUGCUUCAAACGCCAAGGAUGUCCCUCUAAACGUCACUGUGCUGGAGCUUGAUCAGUGGUCCGGAGCAAAGGAUCUUGUUACUGGUCUCUUACAAGAGCCAUUCGCGUCCGAUGCAUCAGGGAAUAACCUCAUUUCGCAAAGAUGGAACGACGUGCCUCCUGGUCAAGCAAGUCUCACCAUUUUGAGUGGAGACCCAGCGAUGCGUGAAUCCCACCUCUUUCCCUGCAAGUCAUCCUAUUUCCAUCAAUACCCCACGCGCAUACAGAUACAGGAGUUUCCACACAUCAACUCUCCUCAGUCUAAGAACCAUUCAGGCAACGAGCAACAUCUGCGAGCUUUUCUCCAAGCUGAUAUUCCCGUCAUCGUUUGCAACCCAUUCACCACCUCACCAAGGGACGUCCUGGCCAACAAAUUAUUCCUAACUAAUCCCCAUACCAUCUUCGUAUUCACUUACGUGUCUUCUUCUGUUCCCGAACCUGAUUGCCUUUAUCGCCGUUAUCUCUCUGAUGACAACCGAAUAAAUGCCUUAUUCGUUGAUCCCGCACGAGCCUUAUCUGCCCUUGAUGCCUUGAGAGCGAAUCCAAAGUCUCCAUCAGCCAUACAACGAUACCAAGAUGAAUUCAUCGGUUCCGGGACUUUGACAUUGACACGCACCAUCAAGAGAAUCAUGUCUGCGACUGGGAAAGCGUCUUCCGCAGAUAUAUCAGCUGCCCUGCGGACGGAGACUUGUUUAUCCCAUAUACGCAGUGCCCUCGCCAUCGCCAGCGACCUAAUACGGUUGGAAACAACCAAGUCAGACGUGCUUUUUGUUCAAGUUAGCGCGCUGCGAGAGCGGAUUGAGGAAGAGCGGAUCAAGGCCUCUAGGGAGGUCUUCGGUGUAAUGUCUCCCGAAGAUGAGAUUACGGGAGCUGCUCAGAAGGAAAUUUCCUCGGAAAUGGGCAGAUUGUCAUGGUGGAGAAUGAUUCCCAGGGUGGACGAGAUCACGACAACAGUCUCGACUGCAGUAGGGCGGUCAGGAAGAAAUCUCGAGAAAAAGCUCAUAUAUCAUGCCGGGCGCCUUUCCCACACACAACAGACGUUCUCCGACGCAAUCUUUGCACUAUUCCCGAGGAGUACUAGCUCCCUCCAUUCUUCGGUUUUGCAUAAUACUCUGCUUCAAAUGCGAUCAACGUCAUAUUACCCGUUAACGCCGGACAGUUUGGUAGGACCCCUAGCCAUCCGACAUGCUCAGAUAAUACAGUAUCCAACAGCUAGACUGCAUCUCGCUGGACAGCGCGUUGUACUUGGUAUGGGCAGUUCUAUCGUUGCCGGUGUUAGUAUGGGCUGGGCUGGAUGGCUUAAGUGGCUGAUCGGUGGCAGUGAAAGUGUUAUUGAAUUCCUAGGAGUCGAUGUUGGGACGGCUAUGGGCGCCGGGGCUCUGAUAACUCUUCUCGGUGUGCGUUGGGGUGUUGGGCAUUGGGAAAAGGCAAAGCAGCGGUGGUGGGAGGAUUGGCAUCGAGUGGUUGAUGGUCUGGAAAGGGACUUGAAAAAAACCUUGGACAACAUUGUGUUGGAGAAGGUGGUUGCUGUUGCAGACAAGGGUUGUAGUGGAUUAAGCGCCCUGAUAGAAAAGAGGAACCAAGAAAUCGGCGAGGUUGCUGAAGAACUAGCCAAAUUGUCCGACGACCUAAAAUCGAUAGAUUCUCGAUGCAAAGGUAAUCUAUAACUAUUGUGCCAAUUACAAUCAUUAUACUUGUGGUGUCCAUCCACGAGCCAAUAAUUUACCCAUACAUUCGAU